AUGGCUUUUGCUCAUAUGUUCUCUAAUCGCCUUUUCAACUACUUGAUCGCCGCGAUACUCGACACAGUUCUCACUAUAUUCUGGCUCAUAUCAUUUGCCGUUCUUGCGGCGCAAACAACGGUGUUAUGGGCCCACGGCACUGAUUACUGCGAAAACAACAAGUGCCCCGACAACCUCAAGGCCGUGACUAGUUUCUACGGAUAUGUCUUUGCGACUUGCGUCGGUCUUGGUGGCUUUGCAUUUCUACUCUCAUGCAUCUGCCUUAUUUUCCACGGCAUUGUCAGGUGUCGACAACACCGAUAUAACCAAAUCGGCACCAAUAACGUUUCCGAACCAAUUUUUAUCGGCGACAGACAUCCCCAGGGCUCGAACGAGUAUCGCCCUUUGGCAUGAGCUAGUUAUUUGG